AUGUUAUCGCCCCCUAUCCGACCUCGGUGCCGGCCCGUGCCCAUGGAGUGACACACUUAAUGGGCGCGCUGUGGUCCCUGGAAGAGCGCCUUCGAAGCGGUGUGGUCGAUGGCAAGUUGGCCCGUCUCCCCAGUCGUAACGCAAAGUGUUUGUGUCCCGAUUUUCAGGAAGCAUGUCGUGGAUCGUGAACCAGAAAAUUGAUUGUCCAGAUGGUGAAGCAGAACAAAUGGAUAUUUUUAGUGGUCAAGAUUAAGUGGAUUGGAGAGAAAUGCCUAUAUAGCUAUGCGAGAUUGCUUUGUUGCCAGAUUGCUCUGGUUUCCGUGGAACGAAAGUGUUGACCGCUUCUGGCUUUUUCACGAACGUGUGGAUUUGGUCUAGGCUGAUGUGCUUGCAGCAUUCUUUAGGCGGACAUCAAGCAAGCGAAGAAAGUCCGUGAAAUGGAACUAGCAAUGCGCAUUGCUACCACCCGGGAAAGAUUGUGCUGGAUUGGUAUGUACUACAGCUUUGAUGCUAUGCUGCAAAUUCAAACGCAAACUCCACAUUUCAUUUGGUUGUCAAGGACGAACUGCGCGGGGAAAAUUGAUAGGGAACAGCUCUUGGAAUUUGGGACUGUGCCCAGUGAAUCAGCAUGCAAGUUUUCGUCACCAAGACUUUGGAUUAUGUGCAUGCUCUUCCAGGGGUGUAAUUUGCAACAGCCAGUCCGUGUGAGGUAGGAAUCGUGUCACUUGCACGCAGUAUGUCUAUGCGAUGGCGAGGCAUCCAACUGCAUUGGGACAAUGCCUUUUUGCCCUUGAACAUUGCGUUCUUUUGCAUGCCACCGUUUCUAUUUACUUACCAGCUGGACUUGGCGAUGCACCCCACAAGCGUCUUGGGUAUACAUUUUGGUGGAAAAGCAAAUCGAAUCUCCGAGGAGGCCAUAAGGAUUCGGGAUGGAGCUUCCCAUCAUUGGUUUAGCUGCAAGUAUUUGCCAUGGGUCGAUGAUGGAAGCCUCUUUAUUCACAAGCCUAUUUGCUUGCCUCUGACUCUUGAAGCAGCAUAUCACCGUGAACGUGCCUUGUCCAACAAGGCGCAAUCAGCAAAAGGACUCCAGCCAGAAGCAGACUGGGCCUACUUUUCCCAACGUUGCCAACUUGAGCAGCACUAGCACCGUCUCCACGGUGCUUCACCGGUGCUUCAGACGGUGCCGGCUUCGACGCUGACGCGUCACUGGCUUCGGACGGUCGCGGUCGAAAAAGGAAGGACCGGCGGGUCCUGGUGCGCGGUCCUGUUCAGUCCUUAGAUGUCCAUCGCCCUUCCGAACGGGCCGACAUGUUCAAGGAAAAACACCCUCGCCCGCAGAUUCAGGAGAUGCAUCAAGAG